GGGCUGGCUGCCGUGUCCAAGGUUCCCGUGGCAGGAUGGGCGCAGAUCGCCGCCUACUUUGGCUUUGUGGAGUUCAGCGGUGGCUUCGAGGACUACAAGACCGGCACUCCGGGAGACUACGGCUUCAAGGUCCUGACCUCCUCGGAUCCGGAGGAGAAGACCAAGAAGCUUUCCGCCGAGCUUGCCAACGGCCGCCUGGCCAUGAUGGCCAUCAUCGGCAUGUUCUUCCAGGAUGGUCUGACUGGCAGUGCCUGGGGUGACUGGGCGAACUACACCGCCUCUCCCCUGCGUGCCUUCGAGAGCGAGCUUGGGGUGCAAGCGCCAGUGGGCUUCUGGGACCCCGUCGGAUUUACCUCCGAUGGCGAUGUCUCGACAUUCAAGCGCCGCCGAUCCGUGGAGCUGAAGCACGGCCGUAUCUCCAUGAUGGCCGCUAUGGGUUACAUCACGCCUGAGAUCACAGGCAAGCUGCCGGGCUUCCUGUCUCCGUCAGCCGGGCUGAAGUUCGCGGACAUCCCGAACGGGCUGGCUGCCGUGUCCAAGGUUCCCGUGGCAGGAUGGGCGCAGAUCGCCGCCUACUUUGGCUUUGUGGAGUUCAGCGGUGGCUUCGAGGACUACAAGACCGGCACUCCGGGAGACUACGGCUUCAAGGUCCUGACCUCCUCGGAUCCGGAGGAGAAGACCAAGAAGCUUUCUGCCGAGCUUGCCAACGGCCGCCUGGCCAUGAUGGCCAUCAUCGGCAUGUUCUUCCAGGAUGGCUUGACUGGCAGCGCCUGGGGUGACUGGGCCAACUACACUGCCUCUCCCCUGCGUGCCUUCGAGAGCGAGCUCGGGGUGCAAGCGCCAGUGGGCUUCUGGGACCCCGUCGGAUUUACCUCCGAUGGCGAUGUCUCGACAUUCAAGCGCCGCCGAUCCGUGGAGCUGAAGCACGGACGUAUCUCCAUGAUGGCCGCCAUGGGUUACAUUACCCCUGAGAUCACGGGCAAGCUGCCAGGCUUCCUGUCUCCGUCAGCCGGGCUGAAGUUCGCGGACAUCCCGAACGGGCUGGCUGCCGUGUCCAAGGUUCCCGUGGCAGGAUGGGCGCAGAUCGCCGCCUACUUUGGCUUUGUGGAGUUCAGCGGUGGCUUCGAGGACUACAAGACCGGCACUCCGGGAGACUACGGCUUCAAGGUCCUGACCUCCUCGGAUCCGGAGGAGAAGACCAAGAAGCUUUCCGCCGAGCUUGCCAACGGCCGCCUGGCCAUGAUGGCCAUCAUCGGCAUGUUCUUCCAGGAUGGCUUGACUGGCAGCGCCUGGGGUGACUGGGCCAACUACACUGCCUCUCCCCUGCGUGCCUUCGAGAGCGAGCUCGGGGUGCAGGCGCCAGUGGGCUUCUGGGACCCCGUCGGAUUUACCUCCGAUGGCGAUGUCUCGACAUUCAAGCGCCGCCGAUCCGUGGAGCUGAAGCACGGACGUAUCUCCAUGAUGGCCGCCAUGGGUUACAUUACCCCUGAGAUCACGGGCAAGCUGCCAGGCUUCCUGUCUCCGUCAGCCGGGCUGAAGUUCGCGGACAUCCCGAACGGGCUGGCUGCCGUGUCCAAGGUUCCCGUGGCAGGAUGGGCGCAGAUCGCCGCCUACUUUGGCUUUGUGGAGUUCAGCGGUGGCUUCGAGGACUACAAGACCGGCACUCCGGGAGACUACGGCUUCAAGGUCCUGACCUCCUCGGAUCCGGAGGAGAAGACCAAGAAGCUUUCCGCCGAGCUUGCCAACGGCCGCCUGGCCAUGAUGGCCAUCAUCGGCAUGUUCUUCCAGGAUGGCUUGACUGGCAGCGCCUGGGGUGACUGGGCCAACUACACUGCCUCUCCCCUGCGUGCCUUCGAGAGCGAGCUCGGGGUGCAAGCGCCAGUGGGCUUCUGGGACCCCGUCGGAUUUACCUCCGAUGGCGAUGUCUCGACAUUCAAGCGCCGCCGAUCCGUGGAGCUGAAGCACGGACGUAUCUCCAUGAUGGCCGCCAUGGGUUACAUUACCCCUGAGAUCACGGGCAAGCUGCCAGGCUUCCUGUCUCCGUCAGCCGGGCUGAAGUUCGCAGACAUCCCGAACGGGCUGGCUGCCGUGUCCAAGGUUCCCGUGGCAGGAUGGGCGCAGAUCGCCGCCUACUUUGGCUUUGUGGAGUUCAGCGGUGGCUUCGAGGACUACAAGACCGGCACUCCGGGAGACUACGGCUUCAAGGUCCUGACCUCCUCGGAUCCGGAGGAGAAGACCAAGAAGCUUUCCGCCGAGCUUGCCAACGGCCGCCUGGCCAUGAUGGCCAUCAUCGGCAUGUUCUUCCAGGAUGGCUUGACUGGCAGCGCCUGGGGUGACUGGGCCAACUACACUGCCUCUCCCCUGCGUGCCUUCGAGAGCGAGCUCGGGGUGCAAGCGCCAGUGGGCUUCUGGGACCCCGUCGGAUUUACCUCCGAUGGCGAUGUCUCGACAUUCAAGCGCCGCCGAUCCGUGGAGCUGAAGCACGGACGUAUCUCCAUGAUGGCCGCCAUGGGUUACAUUACCCCUGAGAUCACGGGCAAGCUGCCAGGCUUCCUGUCGCCGUCAGCCGGGCUGAAGUUCGCGGACAUCCCGAACGGGCUGGCUGCCGUGUCCAAGGUUCCCGUGGCAGGAUGGGCGCAGAUCGCCGCCUACUUUGGCUUUGUGGAGUUCAGCGGUGGCUUCGAGGACUACAAGACCGGCACUCCGGGAGACUACGGCUUCAAGGUCCUGACCUCCUCGGAUCCGGAGGAGAAGACCAAGAAGCUUUCCGCCGAGCUUGCCAACGGCCGCCUGGCCAUGAUGGCCAUCAUCGGCAUGUUCUUCCAGGAUGGCUUGACUGGCAGCGCCUGGGGUGACUGGGCCAACUACACUGCCUCUCCCCUGCGUGCCUUCGAGAGCGAGCUCGGGGUGCAAGCGCCAGUGGGCUUCUGGGACCCCGUCGGAUUUACCUCCGAUGGCGAUGUCUCGACAUUCAAGCGCCGCCGAUCCGUGGAGCUGAAGCACGGACGUAUCUCCAUGAUGGCCGCCAUGGGUUACAUUACCCCUGAGAUCACGGGCAAGCUGCCAGGCUUCCUGUCUCCGUCAGCCGGGCUGAAGUUCGCGGACAUCCCGAACGGGCUGGCUGCCGUGUCCAAGGUUCCCGUGGCAGGAUGGGCGCAGAUCGCCGCCUACUUUGGCUUUGUGGAGUUCAGCGGUGGCUUUGAGGACUACAAGACCGGCACUCCGGGAGACUACGGCUUCAAGGUCCUGACCUCCUCGGAUCCGGAGGAGAAGACCAAGAAGCUUUCCGCCGAGCUUGCCAACGGCCGCCUGGCCAUGAUGGCCAUCAUCGGCAUGUUCUUCCAGGAUGGUCUCACUGGCAGCGCCUGGGGUGACUGGGCCAACUACACCGCCUCUCCUUUGCGUGCCUUCGAGAACGAGCUCGGAGUGCAGGCGCCGGUGGGCUUCUUCGAUCCUUUUGGGCUUACGAAGGACGGGGACGCGGAGGCCUUCCAGCGCCGAAGGGCCACGGAGCUGAAGAACGGGCGUGUGGCGAUGUUGGCCACUAUGGGCUACAUCGCCCCGGAGUACUCGCGCUUCCCAGGCUUCUGCUCUCCCUCGGAGGGCGUGAAGUUCGCAGACUUGCCUAAUGGCCUGGCGGCCCUGGGCAAGGUGCCGGGCGCCGGCUGGAUGCAGAUCCUGCUGUUCCUGGGCCUUGUGGAGAAGGCGCUCUACACCUACGACCCCAGCCGGCAGCCGGGGGACUACAAGAACGCAGGCGUCUUGGGCGUGCCGAACGGCAGCACCAUGGCGCCGGGCGAGGGCCGCAACCGCAAGCUGAACUCGGAGCUGGCGAACGGGCGCUUGGCGAUGAUGGCGAUCAUCGGGAUGUUCUUCCAGGACGGGCUGACGGGCUCCGCGUGGGGCGACUGGGCCAACUACACGGACAGCCCGCUGAGGGCCUUCGAGAACGAGACCGGGGUGCAGGCGCCGGUGGGCUACUUCGACCCGCUGGGCAUGUCCAAGGACGGGGACGUGACCACCUUCCGGCGCCGCCGGGAGAGCGAGCUGAAGAACGGGCGCGUGGCCAUGUUCGCGGCCAUGGGCUACAUCGUCCCGGAGUACUUCCGCUUCCCCGGGUAUCUGUCGCCGGCGAAGAGCCUGAAGUUCUCGGAGGUGCCGAAUGGCCUCGCAGCCCUUGGCAAGGUUCCCUUCACCGGCUGGGUCCAGAUCUUCCUCUUCUGCGGCAUGGUGGACUUCGGUCUCUACAGGGCGGAUGAGUCCCGGGACCCCGGCGACUACGCGAUGUCUGCGUCGCGAGCCACUGUUGCUUCCGCCGCCGCAGGCAUGGCGCUUUUUGGCGGAGCGGCCUUUGUGUCUUCCGCGCCGAGUGCCCGAACGGGACAUCUGCGAGCAACAGCCCCAGCAUCGGCCGCUCCGGUCACUGCCCAGUCCUCUGGAUUCGAGGCGAAUGUGGCGUGCAUGGCAGUGGCUGGUGCCGCGGUGGCCAGUUGCCUCAGCCGAAAGGCCGGGAGCUCCGGCAGCUCCGGCUCCAGGCAGCUGGUGGCAUUGACCGCGUUCGAGAACGAGCUUGGCGUGCAGGCGCCAGUGGGAUUCUGGGAUCCCGCCGGAUUCACGGCGGAUGGCAGCACCGAGAACUUUGCGCGCAGACGCCAGACGGAGUUGAAGCAUGGCCGAAUUUCCAUGCUCGCAACCAUGGGAUAUAUUACCCCCGAGAUCACAGGAAAAUUCCCUGGGUACCUUUCUCCUUCGGCUGGCCUGAAGUUCGCCGACGUGCCCAAUGGCCUGGCUGCGAUUUCCAAAGUUCCUGCUGCUGGGUGGGGUCAGAUCUUGGCUUACAUGGCCUUCUGCGAAGUGUCCCAGGACCAGUCGGCGGGAACUCCUGCUGCGGCGGGCGACUUCGGAUUCAAGGUGCUCACCGCGUCCGACCCGGAGGAUGGUCUCACCGGCAGCGCUUGGGGUGACUGGGCCAACUACACCGCCUCGCCUUUGCGUGCCUUCGAAAACGAGCUUGGAGUGCAAGCACCGGUGGGGUUCUGGGACCCGGCAGGGUUCACGGCCGAUGGCAGCACUGAGAACUUCGCCCGACGUCGCCAGACGGAGCUGAAGCAUGGUCGCAUUUCCAUGCUACAAUGGGCUACAAUGGGAUAUAUUACCCCGGAGAUCACCGGAAAAUUCCCGGGCUAUCUGAGCCCUUCCGCUGGCCUGAAGUUCGCCGACGUGCCCAAUGGCCUGGCUGCGAUUUCCAAAGUUCCUGCUGCUGGGUGGGGUCAGAUCUUGGCUUACAUGGCCUUCUGCGAGGUGUCCCAGGACCAGUCGGCGGGAACUCCUGCUGCGGCGGGCGACUUCGGAUUCAAGGUGCUCACCGCGUCCGACCCGGAGGCGAAGAAGACGAAGCUAGCGGCCGAGUUGGCGAAUGGACGACUGGCGAUGAUGGCCAUCAUCGGCAUGUUUUUCCAGGAUGGUCUCACCGGCAGCGCUUGGGGUGACUGGGCCAACUACACCGCUUCGCCUUUGCGUGCCUUCGAAAACGAGCUUGGAGUGCAAGCACCGGUGGGGUUCUGGGACCCGGCAGGGUUCACGGCCGAUGGCAGCACUGAGAACUUCGCCCGACGUCGCCAGACGGAGCUGAAGCAUGGUCGCAUUUCCAUGCUUGCUACAAUGGGAUAUAUUACCCCGCAGAUCACCGGAAAAUUCCCGGGCUAUCUGAGCCCUUCCGCUGGCCUGAAGUUCGCCGACGUGCCCAAUGGCCUGGCUGCGAUUUCCAAAGUUCCUGCUGCUGGGUGGGGUCAGAUCUUGGCUUACAUGGCCUUCUGCGAGGUGUCCCAGGACCAGUCGGCGGGAACUCCUGCUGCGGCGGGUGACUUCGGAUUCAAGGUGCUCACUGCGUCCGACCCGGAGGCGAAGAAGACGAAGCUAGCGGCCGAGUUGGCGAAUGGACGACUGGCGAUGAUGGCCAUCAUCGGCAUGUUUUUCCAGGAUGGUCUCACCGGCAGCGCUUGGGGUGACUGGUCCAACUACACCGCUUCGCCUUUACGUGCCUUCGAAAACGAGCUUGGAGUGCAAGCACCGGUGGGGUUCUGGGACCCGGCAGGGUUCACGGCCGAUGGCAGCACUGAGAACUUCGCCCGACGUCGCCAGACGGAGCUGAAGCAUGGUCGCAUUUCCAUGCUUGCUACAAUGGGAUAUAUUACCCCGGAGAUCACCGGAAAAUUCCCGGGCUAUCUGAGCCCUUCCGCUGGCCUGAAGUUCGCCGACGUGCCCAAUGGCCUGGCUGCGAUUUCCAAAGUUCCUGCUGCUGGGUGGGGUCAGAUCUUGGCUUACAUGGCCUUCUGCGAGGUGUCCCAGGACCAGUCGGCGGGAACUCCUGCUGCGGCGGGCGACUUCGGAUUCAAGGUGCUGACUGCCUCUGACCCGGAGGCGAAGAAGACGAAGCUAGCGGCCGAGUUGGCGAACGGAAGACUGGCGAUGAUGGCCAUCAUCGGCAUGUUUUUCCAGGAUGGUCUCACCGGCAGCGCUUGGGGUGACUGGGCCAACUACACCGCUUCGCCUUUGCGUGCCUUCGAAAACGAGCUUGGAGUGCAAGCACCGGUGGGGUUCUGGGACCCGGCAGGGUUCACGGCCGAUGGCAGCACUGAGAACUUCGCCCGACGUCGCCAGACGGAGCUGAAGCAUGGUCGCAUUUCCAUGCUUGCUACAAUGGGAUAUAUUACCCCGGAGAUCACCGGAAAAUUCCCGGGCUAUCUGAGCCCUUCCGCUGGCCUGAAGUUCGCCGACGUGCCCAAUGGCCUGGCUGCGAUUUCCAAAGUUCCUGCUGCUGGGUGGGGUCAGAUCUUGGCUUACAUGGCCUUCUGCGAGGUGUCCCAGGACCAGUCGGCGGGAACUCCUGCUGCGGCGGGCGACUUCGGAUUCAAGGUGCUGACUGCCUCUGACCCGGAGGCGAAGAAGACGAAGCUAGCGGCCGAGUUGGCGAACGGAAGACUGGCGAUGAUGGCCAUCAUCGGCAUGUUCUUUCAAGCUCCUGUGGGAUUCUGGGAUCCCGCCGGAUUUGCGGCAGAUGGCAGCACCGAGAACUUUGCGCGCAGACGCCAGACGGAGUUGAAACAUGGCCGAAUUUCCAUGCUCGCAACCAUGGGCUACAUUACCCCUGAGAUCACUGGCAAAUUCCCUGGGUACCUUUCUCCUUCGGCUGGCCUGAAGUUCGCCGACGUGCCCAACGGCCUGGCUGCGAUUUCCAAAGUUCCUGCUGCUGGGUGGGGUCAGAUCUUGGCUUACAUGGCCUUCUGCGAGGUGUCCCAGGACCAGUCGGCUGGAACUCCUGCUGCGGCGGGCGACUUCGGAUUCAAGGUGCUCACCGCGUCCGACCCGGAGGCCAAGAAGACGAAGCUAGCGGCCGAGUUGGCGAACGGAAGACUGGCGAUGAUGGCCAUCAUCGGCAUGUUCUUUCAAGACGGCCUGACAGGAAGCGCCUGGGGUGACUGGGCCAACUACACCGCCUCGCCGCUGCGCGCCUUCGAGAAUGAGCUUGGGGUGCAGGCUCCUGUGGGAUUCUGGGAUCCCGCCGGAUUUGCGGCAGAUGGCAGCACCGAGAACUUUGCGCGCAGACGCCAGACGGAGUUGAAACAUGGCCGAAUUUCCAUGCUCGCAACCAUGGGUUACAUUACCCCUGAGAUCACUGGCAAAUUCCCUGGGUACCUUUCUCCCUCGGCUGGCCUGAAGUUCGCCGACGUGCCCAACGGCCUGGCUGCGAUUUCCAAAGUUCCUGCUGCUGGGUGGGGUCAGAUCUUGGCUUACAUGGCCUUCUGCGAGGUGUCCCAGGACCAGUCGGCGGGAACUCCUGCUGCGGCGGGCGACUUCGGAUUCAAGGUGCUCACCGCGUCCGACCCGGAGGCGAAGAAGACGAAGCUAGCGGCCGAGUUGGCGAAUGGACGACUGGCGAUGAUGGCCAUCAUCGGCAUGUUUUUCCAGGAUGGUCUCACUGGCAGCGCUUGGGGUGACUGGGCCAACUACACUGCCUCGCCUUUGCGAGCCUUCGAGAAUGAGCUCGGUGUGCAAGCCCCGGUCGGAUUCUGGGACCCGGCCGGGUUCACGGCAGAUGGCAGCACCGAGAACUUUGCCCGACGUCGCCAGACGGAGCUGAAGCAUGGUCGCAUCUCCAUGCUCGCCACCAUGGGCUACAUUACCCCUGAGAUCACCGGCAAGUUCCCUGGGUACCUUUCUCCUUCGGCUGGCCUGAAGUUCGCCGACGUGCCCAACGGCCUGGCUGCGAUUUCCAAAGUUCCUGCUGCUGGGUGGGGUCAGAUCUUGGCUUACAUGGCCUUCUGCGAGGUGUCCCAGGACCAGUCGGCUGGAACUCCUGCUGCGGCGGGCGACUUCGGAUUCAAGGUGCUCACCGCGUCCGACCCCGAGGCCAAGAAAACCAAGCUUGCAGCGGAACUUGCCAAUGGACGUCUGGCCAUGAUGGCGAUUAUCGGCAUGUUCUUCCAGGACGGCCUGACUGGAAGCGCAUGGGGUGACUGGGCGAAUUACACCGCAUCGCCUUUGCGCGCAACGGACAAGAUGUGAGGCCGAGCACGCCGCUGAGCGGACUUGGACCUCGGCGCUCGACGCGCUCGCGUCUGCGCGAGGGGCGCCGAAGCC